AUGCCAUCUUGGACACACCUGAUUCGUUUUAUCGCAGUGGAAGACAGUAAUGUCCACCUUGGGCAACUGGUAGAUACCACUCGCGAUAUCGGUCGGGACAGUCUAAAUGGCACUGCAAUUGCGGCUUUCCUGAUUGAGGGGACUAUUUUUGACGGGAGAGUCACUCAACAGACUAUGCACGUCAAGCAGCUGCUUUCUCCGGUCUCGAGAGAAGACUGCAACUACAUCCGAUGCUUGGGUCUAAACUACAUGGAUCAUGCAAAUGAAGCGAACAUGGCCCUCCCUAAAGCACCGAUUCUUUUCACCAAGCCGCGAACGGCCCUCAUUGGCCCCUACCCCGCCGCCAUUAACAUACCUAAAUGUGCACAGGAUGAAACCAGUGACUAUGAAGCUGAACUUUGCUUGGUCAUUGGUAAGACUGGACGUGACAUUCCGGAGGAAGAAGCGCUGGACUAUGUACUGGGAUACACCGCGUCGAACGAUGUAUCUGCCAGAACUCUUCAGAUGACCACAACACAGUGGUCUUUCUCUAAAGGCCUUGAUGGCAGCUGCCCAAUUGGGCCUGUUCUUGUAGCUCCUUCCGUGAUCAAAGACCCACAAACGCUAUCUAUCAAAGCUAUUCACAACAGUACUACAGUCCAAGACGGUCACACAAAAGACAUGAUCUUUUCUAUCAAGAAGCAAAUUGCUUAUCUAUCUCAAGGCACAACCUUGGAGGCUGGAACAAUCUUCCUGACUGGAACCCCGGCAGGUAUCGGAUAUUUCAGGGAACCUAGAGUUGUGUUGAAAGAUGGAGACGAUAUUUCCAUUGAAAUUGAAAAAAUCGGAACACUAGUCAACAAAGUGCGCUAUGAUACUCGCUGA